AUGGACUCCGGGAUCAUAGACACAGUGGGCUACUCAGACCUCCGUCGCCAACUCAUCGCCAACACGUUGUACACCCAUCCAGAGUACAGUGCAAUCGACCUCGUCACGUACCUGAAGCAACUCUCGGGCAGCCCGGUUCCUCGCAAAUACAGUGCCGCGCUCAUCGGCCGCAAGGUUACCUCUGACUGGACAGUCAUCGUGGCUGCAGAGAGCGAAAGCAGCACCAUCAACGCCCUCAAGUACUUGUUGUUGCAGUCUGAAAGUUGGGUGGAGGGGAGGUUGAACUUGGUUGAUCCCGCGGUGAUUUAUCAGAGUAGAUGA